AGUACUUCAGUACUACACAGGUUUAAUUAAAAUAAUAUAUGUUCUUACCACUCCUGCCAACCUUUAACUUCAGAGAAGCUAAAGCCUUAGCGCAGUUUCGUUCGUCACGGAAACCUUUUGUCUUGAAUCGGGGAUCCAAAAUUAUGGCUUCCGCGUAGCACUCGCUAAGCUCUAUUGUUGCGAACCUCCGUUCCAAGUCCCUCUCCAACUCUUUAAUGAGGGACUGGACUUCUGGUAGAUCAGACUGACGGCUCCGUAAGCUGCUCAACAUGAUUCUUACUAGUGGAAUUACUUUCGUCAGUGUGACAUUCUUUUCUGCGCUUAGUUCGGUGGUCACGUCGUAAAACAGCUUUAAAAUUGGUAUGGCCGAUUCGACUACACACCAAUCAUAUUCGGUUAGCGCUAAAUCGCUGCGUGUUAGCGCUACCGUGGUGAUAACUGCGUCUUUUACUAUGAGCAUUCUUUGAAGCAUGUCUUAGGUGGAAUUCCACCGGGUCACCACGUCUUGCUUCAGUUUCAGCUGUGGGAGAUUUUGCUGUUUUUGUGUCUCUACCAAUUUAUGCUGGGCCUGAGAGCUACGUUUAAAAUACUCCACUAUUUGUUUGCAUUUCACCACCGUGCCUGAGAUGUUCUGAAGCGCUCCUGGGUGAAAUAGAAUUAACAUACUUAAGUAUUUAUAUAUGUAUAUGCAGAACAAAAAUAAAAAUACCUACAAUACUUAAAAGAAAUGAUGUAAGUACUUAAGUAGGUAAGUAUGGUUACAGAGUGGAAUGAGGAUCAGUCACGAUUUUUGUUAACUAUGUAGAUCGAUGGCAGUAAAAUGACCAUGACUUAUGGUGAAAGAAAUAUCCAAAUCGGACAAGAAAUGACGAAGAUACAGCGAUUUAACUGUAGCAGUUCAAAAAACGCUUGCCAGUACCAGCCGCGACCGCGUGACGUCAUAGGAGACUGAAUCCGUGCGAGAUUUUCGACCUUACGUACUGUGAAUGCGAACGCGCGCGGAAUCGCGGAUUCAGUCAUAAAUCCGGAUAAAAUUAUAAAUAACUUUUUUAGCAAACUCGGCAUUAUAAAACUUUUACAAACCUUGCACACAUAAAUUAAUAGUGUGGGCAAAACAUGGAAUAUGUCUGCAAUCCGUCAGCCUAAUGGCAGCUGAAAUAUUUGCAGCGUUAUCGCUAGCAAUAGCUGUGGUCUUAUAAUUUAGACUCCAUUCUGCCAUGAUGGUUUUAAGAAACUCAGCCAGGUUUGUGCUGGUGUGGCGAUCAUUAUAUUCUAUGCAUCCAAUCAUACUGGAUGUUAACACAGUGUUUUGAUCACUGGUCAAUAUAUAAUGUGCAGUUAUUGCGAUAUAACUGACAUUAUUAAUUGAAGUCCAUCCAUCCGUUGAUAGACAAACGGCCUUAGCUGCUUCCAAUUUCAUUUUCGUUGCUUCCAAACACCUAAAAUAGAGAUAAUAAUGUAAUACAAUAAUGUAAUACAAAUAUUAGGUACUUAAAUAUUAAAUUUACAACAACGCAAUGUCGCCGGUGGCGGUGGCGGCGGUGGCGGCAGCGGCGGCGCGGUGGCGGCGGCCGCGCCUGACCCAAUACCUCGGUGCACUGUGCUUACAUAGGAUACUUAGAUAGUCUAGGUACUUACCUCGUGUAUAAUUUUGAGAGCAUCCCUUCCGACAAUGUUUUGCGUGUCGGUAGGCUGUAGCCAGAGAGAGGGCGCCACCGUCGCUCAAUACAGACCAGUUACAGAGAUUGAAUUUUUAAAACUUAAUUAAAAAUAGAAAUACAAAAAAAUGGUGAUUAAAAAGGUCACCAACAUUUUCAUGUAGUCAUAAUACAUCGACCAAAGUGUUAUCAAAGUGAUUUAACUACUAAUAAUAAAAAACAAAAGAUCACAACAAUUCAAAGCAAAACUGUUUACAAUGAAGAAAAAUAGUGCUUAAUAAAGUUAUCAGGGCAAACAGGCUCAUAACUAAGUGUCUGUGUCAGUGAUAUUAAGUGAUUUUAGUGAAAUAAUUGUUAUUUACUAACAAUCUAUUUACUUGUGUAAUAUCCACCUGUCCAAAGUUCACCAACGGCUAAUUUGCACCAAAUACAUGCAAAACUAGAAUAAGAUCAAUUAUUUCAACAACAAAUCUUAAGCAACUGUAGUCUAGUCGGAUAAGACUCUGGACUCUGUAGCACUAUCUCGCCGAGAGCGGGUUCGAUUCCACCGCAGUGCAUAUAAUCUUUUGUAAUUUAUUUCCUCAUACUGUGAUUUAUGGUAAAAAGAUACUAAAGAUAAAAUAUAAAACAUGAGUUUCUUAGAUACCAUCACGUUUCGUAGACGGCCGCGAACACAAUCAGAAACACAAAUGACGGAAGAUGAAGCUAAUAGCACAAAAAACGCACUAGAUGGCACUUCAAACAGUAUGCCAUCCUUCUCUGAGGACGAAGACGAGGUGGUUAAAGAUCUUAAGUCUCAGAUCGAACAUCUUCAAAUUGAAUUAAAAGCCGCACACGACGAAAUCGGUAAUCUUAGUCUAGAAAAUGCGGAACUUAAAAAUAGCAUCAAGGUAAUACAAAAAGAAAACGAUAUGUACAAAAAAGUCACAAAUAGUUUGAAAAAUGACUUAGCCACUCCUAAAAAAAAGAAAGAAAACAUUUCGGCUAUGUUGACAAAGACUCCUAGAAUUAUAACUGAAAAAUACGUAGACAAUAAAAUUGAUACGACUAAGGAAUCUACAAAACAAAAAACACAAGUAAAACCAAAUCAUAAUAAUGACACAAGCAAGCUACACAGACUUACGACACCAAAGGCAAGAGAUAGUAACAGAAACUCUUCCACGAUGACAAACCAACCUAGGACACAAAACAAGUUACUCAUUGUCAGUAGCAAUAAAACCAAUAACAUUUUAGAGAUAACUAGAACUACAUUUCAUAGCGACUACAACUCAUGUCAUGAUUUGACACCAAAUGUUGGAAUAAAGCAACUUCUUUGGGGAAUUGAAGCAAAACUGAAGAACUUCACGAAAGAUGAUUUCUGUGUGAUUUUAAUCGGAGAGAGUGACUUUAAAACGACGAAUAACUACUUCGAUUUAGUUGUGUACAUACGAGAAAUUCUGCAGCCAUUACAUCACACAAACAUUUUAAUAUGCCUUCCUACAUUUAAAUGCCAUGACCACACCUCAAUGUUCAACUGGCGAGUAGAAACGUUUAAUAACUUAAUUUAUCUGGAUGCUCUGACACAUGAGCACAUAUUUGUACUUGACUCAAAUGCUAACUUAACUUAUGACUAUAACAUGUUUUCAAGGGGUCAAGGUCAAUUAAAUGACAAAGGAAUGCAAACCGUAUUUUAUGACAUAUAUAAAUCAAUCAAUUUUGUUAUUAAAAAAUACAGAGAAUGCCCAUGUAAUCAUAUUACUAACAAACAAAGUGUCACAAAUUCAUGUAAUACUAAUAAUUCAUCUGACUUUUUUCGUGUAUUUAAAUCAAUAUGUGUUAUGCAUCAAAAUAUUAAUGGACUUAUAACUAAAUCAGACUUGCUAGUUGUGAAUUUGGAAGAACUAUCUAUUAAUAAUACAAAUGUAGACGUCUUGUGUAUUACAGAACAUAAUAUGAUGGCCUCUGAUCAACAACUGCCCCGGUGCUGA